CUGACAUUUCCUGGCCUGAUGCAGUGGUUCAAGCAGAAGCAGACUGAGGAGGCCAUUGUGGCCGAGGCUGGCCCAAAUGAAGUCCUGCCUGAUGAUGACAAGGAUCCCCACGCUGGGACCUCAUCGCAGGAGGACGAGUCUGAGCUGUUCGACGGAGUCAAAGCUGCCCGUGCCAUCACCUCGGUGUGGUCCAAGAGCCAUAUGUGGCUGCUUCUUGCAAUUAUCUACCUAUACACAUACAUCGACGGCCUGAUGUACUAUACAGUGUCCAACCUCGAGCGAUAUAUCACCUCUAGCUUCGCAGCCCAUGAGCUGAUGAACACUAUCUACCUACUGCAGAAUAUCUUCGGUGCCGUUUCAACCCUCGUCAUCAGCAAGAUCAUCAACAUCUGGGGUCGGAUCCAGGGUCUUAUUAUCAUGGUCAUCUUCUUCAUUAUUGGCGCAAUAAUCAAAUGCACGAGCCCAAACAUCCAGGCCUAUGCGGCUGCUUCCGUGUUCUAUUCCAUCGGCAAAGCUGGUCUUGGAUACACUGUCAGCGUCAUCAUCGCCGACAUGACUACCUUGCGCCACCGGAUGCUCAUCGUCGCUAUAUCGCAAUUUGCUCUCUUGACAAAUGGCUACUCCGCCUCUCCGCUUGCAAACAGGUACCUGGAACACAGCACUUGGCAGUGGGCGUACGGUACCUACUGCAUCCUCAUCCCCUUCCUCAUCGCACCCAUGAUCCUCAUUCUCUGGAUCAAUCUGCGUAAGGCAAAAGAAAUGGGUCUUUACACUCCUUCUAUCUCUGGUCGCUCGACUCUUCAGUCCCUCCGUCAUUAUAUUGUUGAGUUUGAUGUCAUUGGUGUUAUCCUUGUCACGGCUGCCUUCACGCUCCUAUUACUGCCCCUCUCAAUGGCAGGCAGUGCUGCUAACGCCUGGCGCUCCGCCCAUAUCAUUGUCAUGAUUAUUAUCGGUGGACUCCUGCUCCCUGUUUUCUAUAUAUGGGAGCGCUUCUUUGCGCCGAUUCCAUAUUUGCCGUGGAAGUAUCUCAAGCGCUGGAAUGUUAUAUCUGGAGGUCUGGCAUAUGGUAUGAUGUACUUCACCACUGACAUAUGGGAUAUCCAACUGGGGACCUUCCUCCAGGUGGUGUUGAACGUUGAUUUCACGGACAGCAAUUAUAUCCUCAACGCUUACAGCGCUGCUUCCUACUUCUUUGGCCCCUUGGUUGGCUAUGCUAUCCAUGCCACUGGUCGUUACAAGUGGCUCACUCUGGUUGCCAUGCCAUUUGAAAUUGUCGGCACCGCUCUCCUUGUUGCCUUCCGGAAACCAGGCACUGCACCGGGCCUGAUUGCUAUGACCCAGGUGUUUGUCGGUAUUGGUGGUGCUAUAAUUCCAAAUACAUCCCAAAUAGCGAUGAUGGCCGCCGUUACGCAGGCCGAAAUUGCACCAGUCUUGGCCAUCUAUAACGCUGUCGGCUCCAUCCUUUCUUCCAUUGGUACCACGGUCGGUGGUGCUAUCUGGAACAGCGUUCUGCCCAAGCAGUUGUACAAGAACCUGCCAGAUGACGCCAAAAACAUGACAAUGGAUAUUUUUGCGGACAUGACCGUUGCCCUGACCUACCCAAUGGGCACACCUACCCGUGAUGCGAUCAAUGUAUCGUAUGGUGAGACGACGCGUAUCCAGGCUAUUGUUGGCGCGUGCAUGAUGCCCCUGUUGCUCUUGACCUUCAUUUUCUGGAAAGAUUACAAGGUCAUUAAUGUAAACCAGACAAAGGGUCACGUUAUCUAAGCUGUUGUUCUGCUGGGAUUAUAUGAUCACCUAGCACUAUGCCAUCUACUUACAUCUACUAGUCAUCUAUCUGCCGUUGAUUUGCCAUUUAUCUCGCUUCUACUUGCUAUAUAUUUGACAUAUAUUUGAUCUAUAUCUACUUACUAUACAUUGCCAUAUGUUUG